AUGACAACCUUCAAUCCCCGAGGUCUUGGCGACGUCAAAGUCACAGAUCGAUUUGAUCUAACCGGCAAGAACUUCCUCAUCACAGGAGGAGGUGGAGGUAUUGGUUUCGCCUGCGCCAAAGCCAUAGCCCAACUCGGCGGUGGCAUCGCUGUCAUUGACACAGCUCCUGAACCAGUAGAAGAGUUCAAAUCUCUGACUGAUCGCUAUGGCGUCAAGACAUUUUACACUCGAGGCGACGUAACCAAACAAGACUCCCUUGAAAAGGCGUUCGCCGACUGUGUCGAUGCCGUAGGCGGACAGCUUCAUGGAGCGCUCACGGCGGCUGGUAUUGUGAUGGAUACCCCCUUGCUUGAUGCUGACUGGGAAGUCACCCAGCGAGUCCUUAAUGUCAAUGUUAUGGGGACAUAUUGGACUAUCAAGCUUCUCGCACAGCAUCUUGUCGAGACCAAAACGCCUGGAAGUAUAGUUGCGAUCGCUAGCAUCAAUGCUCAAAGUCUUUACGUUCCAGUGCAACCAAAAUCCGCUUAUAACGCCAGUAAGGCUGCUAUCAAGGGUCUUAUGGGUCCUCUGGCCGGCGAGUUGGGUCAAUACGGCAUCAGGGUUAACUGCAUCUCGCCAGGGGCAAUCCAAACCCCUCUACUGGCACGCCUACAGGGAGAGAAGAGGGCUAUCCUUGACUGGUACGAAAAUGGAGCCCCGUUACAACGGUUGGGCGUGCCGGAGGAUUUGACACCUAUGGUGUGCUAUUUGUUGAGUGAUGCAGCUGCGUUUACAACAGGUGCAGAUAUGCUUGUUACAGGAGGGUUGCACGCAGGGUCAGCUCUGAAGUAA